UCUUUCUUUUUUUUUUUUCUUUUCUCUCUCUCUUUUUCGCUCUUUCUUUCCCUUUUCAUUUCGUAUCACCUUUACUAUGAAAUUUGGUGAACAGUUACAACAAGAAAUUUUUCCACCUUGGCGAUUAUCUUAUAUUUCAUACGAUGUAUUGAAGAAAGAAUUAAAAACUAGACAGCUUGAUCAUAAAUGGAAUGGCGAUGAUGAAGACGAAUUUGUGAAAAAGCUGGAAAAUGAGCUUGAAAAAGUUUAUGAUUUUGUGUCUGCCAAAUUAGGAGAGGUGGAGGCCCGAAUUAGUUACUGUGAACGUACAAUCCAAACAUUUAUUAACAACCCCACGUGGUCUUCAGAUCAAAAUUGGGCAAUCAUGGACGAUGCAUUAACAGAGGUUUUAUUCGACGUAAAUGACCUGGCCAAAUUUACCAGACUCAACUACAUCGGCUUCCAAAAAAUUAUCAAGAAGCAUGACAAAUGGACUGGACUUUCCCUCAAGCAAGAUUUCAUUCCUCAGUUAAGACACAAGCCACUUGAUAAGCAACGUUUCGAUGUUGCCAUUGUCUUCAUCUCCGCUCUUCAUGACCUUUGUCGUCAAAGAGGCAAACCUCGUCCAGCUAGUACUGUCAGUGUUGACCCUAACACCAUUGGUGGCAACAACAAUACCAAAUAUUGGAUCCAUCCUGAUAAUAUCACUGAAGUCAAGUCGAUUAUUAUGCUUCAUUUGCCAGUAAACAUUCACAACAAAGAAAAGCGUUACGAAGCAUCAGAUUCCGCAAUUUCCAGCGUUUAUCUUGAUAAUGAUGAAUUUGGUCUCUAUACAAGUUUAUUACAACGGGAUGAAGGUGGCGAGGCUAUCCGUUUUAAGUGGCAUGGUCCUCUGUCCAAUCCAGAAGUCUUUGCCGAACGUAGUACACACAUGGCCGAAUUUGCCGAUGGAAACUCUGUUAAAGAACGUAUCCAAUUGGCCAGCGAUGAAGUUCAUAAAUUUAUUUCUGGUGCUUUGACUGCCGACGAAUUUGCUAACCGUUUAUCCUCUAAAGGUGUGGACUCAACUAUUGUUGACGACUGUAAAUUUGUCGCCGCCGGGAUUCAAGAGUCCAUAAAGGAAAAGCAUUUGAAGCCUUCAUGUCGUGUAUUCUAUAAUCGCACAUCGUUUCAAUUACCUGAUGAUGCUCGUGUUCGUAUCAAUAUUGACAAUGAACUAACAUUUAUUCGUGAAGAUAAUUUUGGAGGUGUUGUUCGUCGAGGACCUACUGACUGGCGUCGUCCCGAUGUUGGCAUUGACUAUCCUUUUAGCUAUCUGGAUGAAAAUGAAGUGUUGCGUUUUCCUUAUGCUGUGUUAGAAGCUAAAACAGGUCAAGCCACACCAUUAUGGCUCAAGAAAUUGUUGGAGUCCCACCUCGUGCAUGAAGUUCCCCGCUUCUCUAAAUAUUUACAUGGUGCUUCUUACCUUUUCCGUGAUCGUAUUCCCCUUUUGCCUUGGUGGUUGUCCGAAAUGGAAAUUGAUAUUCGUAGACCUCGUGCUACUAACUUUGGUUUAACACGUUCGAAAUCAUUUAAACCCCUCAUUGACGGUCAAUACCGUCGUGCAAUGGAGGCGGAACAGCUUCGAAUGAAUAUGGUGAAUGAGUCAGCAGGACAAGGAAGAAAAAGUUUGGACUCUGGUGACACAAAGAAUCUAGUUGAUGUCGGUUCAUCUACUUCCGGAAAAGUAGCUAGUAAAGAGUUUCUCAUUGGGGAUGAUAAACCUGCUGCUGGUUCUGAUGCUAGUUGGGAAAACAGAGUCCAUCGUAUGCAAUCCACUCUUGUUGUGAAAGGCGAUGAUCCUCUCAAUUACGGUCCUUUGAGCGAAAAGCGUAUCAAAAGAAAAGAUAGAGAAGCAGGUAAUCUUGGUGAAGAUAUCAACUUUGAUAAUGGUGAUAUCCGUUUAGACAUGAAUGAUCCUGCUACAAGAAGAAUGUUUGAAAAGGAUACCAUGUUUGUCAAGGAUCCUAAUAAUCCCAAUGCUGUCAUUCCUGUGAAAAAAGUCAAGGUAGAGCCUAAAGUUUUCUUCUCUAACGAACGUACUUUUAUUUCUUGGUUACAAUUCUGUGCCUUGCUGUUGUCUGUUGCAUUAAAUCUGCUCAAUUUUGGUGAUAAUAUUUCUCGUAUCUGUGGUGGUAUCUUUAUCGGCAUUUCUGCUGCAAUUGCUAUUUAUGCAUUGUAUCAAUUCGAGAAGCGUGCAUGGAUGAUUAAUCGUCGUAUUGUCGGUCGUUAUGAUGAUCUUUGGGGUCCUGCUGUUCUUUGCUUCCUUUUGGUCGGUGCCUUGAUCGUCAAUUUCUAUCUUCGUUUCCGUUAAAAAGAAAGAUCAAGCUCGUCAAAUGUAUAUAUUUCUUUUCUUUUUUUUUUUCCUGCUUAUUAUACCUCUUAAAUUGGUACAUCUAGAACCUCAUGCUCGCCCUAUCCCUCCUUAUUUUCUAUUAUUAUGUACUCCAGUUAUCUUUUUUUUUUUUUACUUUUAUAAAAACCCAUAUUAAUAAAUUCAUUACUUUGGAAAUAGUA